CGCGGUCAACCCCAACGCACACGGAAACGCGACCUCAGCACGCGCUCCUGACUCACUUCCUCGAGGGGAAAGAGGGAGUGAUGCCCGCCGUGGCGGGAGGGAAGCAGAGGCUUCCUGCGGGCCCAACCUGGACGCCACUGGGCGUGUAAGGCGGGACAUCUGGCUGGGAAUCCAGGCCCUUGGAGGACCGGGGUUACGGGAAAUCUGCUGCCACGACGUCACAAUUAGCAUAAGCGAUGUAAAGGUAAACUUAGACGGAAGUUAGAGUUGUGCGGCACCAGGUUCCUGCUGCAGCGGGCUGCUGGGAACCCUCUCUGUGACUUUUCACACAGCGCCUGUGACACUCAGCAGCCCCCUGCCCGGCGCGCCGUGUGUAUUCUGCUCUCUGAGUAGGACCGUGGCACCGGAUGGGUUCGUGCUCUGCUUUUGUACGUCAGAGUCUGUACCUAAACGCAGACGAUAAAGAGAGGCACAAAGAAAACAGGGCUGUUCAAUUUCAAGCUUGCGACUCUAUUAAGAGAAUGGAUGUGUUGUGUGUGAGACAGACCCGCACCCCCGCUCCCCUUUGCUGGCUACUUUGUCACUGUUGUCCCGAUCCCUGAAUCCAUCUUAGGAGGAAUCUAAGGAAUCUUUCGGGGCCACUACACAUCUAGGUGCUGCUGAAGUGUAACUGUGAACAAUAGUUUUUUUUCCCUUUUUUCUUUUUUGUUAGAUUGGACUACACUGGUUCUCUAUCUAAAGUGAAUCACAGCCGUUUCGUCUUGUAUAAAUCAAUUUUCAAAUGAUCUAAAGCCUAGCUGGAACAUGAGAUAAACCUUUUGUAAAUCAUUCUAUAUCUACUGAAAGGGUUUGGGUUGUGUUAAAGUGGAUGCUGUUCAAACACAAUUCCCUAUCUGUCUCUAUCUAUUGAAAAAUUAACAGAGGCAUAUGUCUAGGUAUAUUGUCUUAGACAUGCUAAGACGUUAAAUAUAAGAGAUAGAGACAACACACACAUUAAUAACGGUGUGUUUCUCUAACCAGCAACAAGAGGGUUAAUAUCCCCAUAUGGUGUACCAGGGGGUUUGAUUCAGUGCUCCUGUGGGCCAAAAGGAGAGGGGCGGGUGGGGGCAGGACAGAAGGAAGAGACCGCGGGAUAUGCACACUCCAAACACCUGCAUUUGUUCACUUGCAUUUCAGCCUGUAACAGCCAUGGGUUACCGUUAAGUCACUGUUGUAACGGUCAUUACAACGUCGUAUGUGGUAGUUGCCAUUGAGACUUUUAAAUUAUUUUGGAUCAAAUCCUCACAGUUCAUCGGAUCAAAUGUUUUAUUUUCAAUCAGUGGGUGUUGACUGAAAAUGCAACACAUUUGAGCCGGGGAUUUUAAACGUUUCGCCGGUUUUUCGUGGAGAUUUAUUUUUCAACAAGGUUUUCAUUUCUUCCAUUUUAUCGACGAAGUGCAAAUCGGUCGGAAUGUAGCAGGAGGCUGCAACUUUGAAUCCGCGAACAGCGACUCUCUGGUGCCGAGCAGAAGCAGAAGAUUUAGACAUCUGUAGGCUACCCUCGUGGCCGUUACCAUGACAACAUCUGGAGCCCGGCUUCUCCUUGUGGCCCUGUGUGUUUACGGUGGCCAGGGCCUCCAGCAGUCAGCUCCCCGUGUCCGCCUGUCUUUCAAAGAGCUGCUGGACACGCGCGCGGCCCGGCCCUUCAGCUUCGCCUUCAACACCAGCGACUACCGCAUCCUCCUGAUGGACCAGGACCAGGGCCGGCUGUACCUGGGCAGCCGGGAGUACCUGGUGGCCCUGGACAUGCAGAACGUCAACAAGGAGCCCCUCAUAAUCCACUGGCCGGCGUCUGCGAAAAGAAAGGGAGAAUGUCAGAUGACAGGAAAGGGAAGACAGGGUGAAUGUGCCAACUUUGUGCGGUUAAUAGAGCCGUGGAACCGCACCCACCUCUACACCUGUGGAACGGGGGCCUACCAGCCCAUCUGCACCUUCAUCAACCGGGGAUGGAGGGCGGAGGACUACCUGUUCAGACUGGUCCCCGGGUAUGCGGAUUCAGGGAAGGGGAAAUGUUCCUACGAUCCGAACCAGGAGAACAUUGCCGUUCUGAUCGACGGCAAUCUCUACGCAGGGGUCCACAUCGACUUCAUGAGCACGGAUGCUGCUCUGUUCAGAACCAUGGGGGGCCGGACAGCAAUCAGGACGGAGCAAUAUGACUCUCGGUGGCUCAACGAGCCGGUGUUCCUGAAGAUCCAGCAGAUCCCAGACAGCGCAGAGCGGAAUGACAACAAGCUGUACUUCUUCUUCCGUGAGAAGAGCCUGGACUCAGUGAGCGGGGCGAGCCCCAGCGUCCUGGCCCGCGUGGGGAGAGUGUGUCUGAACGACGAGGGGGGGCAGAAGUCUCUGGUGAACCGCUGGACCACGUUCCUGAAGGCCCGCCUCAUAUGCUCGGUGCUGGGGGAGGACGGGGUGGAGACGGCCUUUGAUGAACUCAGGGAUGUGUUCAUUCAGCCAACGCAGGAUGAGAAGAACCCAGUGGUGUACGCUCUGUUCACCACCGCUGGGUGAGUCGCUAAGGAGGAUUUAUGUGGUCUAUC